AUGUGUACUCUCGUCGCUAAGCCCAAUGCACUACAUCAACCUGCCUAUGAGCCCGCCCCCCUCUCCAGGAUCGCCAAUGACAAUCGCCUCAUCGCCCCUCCCGGUGGCACAGAGAUCGCCAAGAGUCUGUAUGCCAAAGCCUGGAUAUCUGCCCAUGAUGCAGACAAGGACAAUCGGGGCUGGGCCGUCAAGUUGACUCAGAUUGCACAGCACGCGGUUGACGAAGUGAAGAAGAUGGUGGAAGAGGGUGUCAUCAGGAAGACGCUGCCAAAUACCGAAGUCUGUUCGCUGAGGGCCGGCGACAAGCAUCGGAUUGCUGUGGGAUGA